AUGCUUUCCUCAACCUCAUUUCCCGGUGUAACAUGGGACAACGACAAUUGGCUCCUCAGCACAACCAAUUUCGACCAAGGCCACUAUCAAUCUCGCGGGUCGGUAGCGAACGGCUAUCUCGGCAUCAACGUCGCCGCAGCCGGCCCGUUCUUUGAGAUCGACCUUGACGAAGAAGGUGGCGUCAUCAACGGCUGGCCGCUCUUCUCGCGGCGUCAAACCUUUGCUACCAUCGCAGGUUUUUACGACGCACAGCCUAGGACGAACGGAACAAACUUUCCAUGGCUUUUGCAGUAUGGGUAUGAGAGUGUGAUUAGUGGCAUUCCUCAUUGGAGCGCACUUAUUCUUGAUCUAGGAGAUGAUGUCUAUCUCGAUACGACUGUGGAUAACCGAACUGUUCAUAACUUUACGUCCACUUAUGACUUCAAGGCUGGCGUUUUGGAGUGGUCGUAUACGUGGAAGCCCAAGGGUCAGAAGGGCUCUUAUGAGAUCAACUACCGGCUGUUUGCACACAAACUACAUAUCAACCAGGCAAUCGUGGAUUUAACGAUCGUCCCAUCCCUUGAUUCCGAAGCGACGGUUGUCAAUGUGAUUGAUGGAUACUCGGCAGUGCGUUCAGACUUUGUCAAAGCGGGCGAAGAUGACGACGGCGCUAUAUUCUCAGCUGUGCGACCAGUGGGAAUCGCCAAUGUGACCGCCUACAUUUACGCACAAGUCAAUGGAUCAAAGAGCCUCGACCUGUCUCAACGAAAAUUGGUCCAUGGAAAGCCAUAUGUGCACACCAACGAAUCAUCUAUUGCACAAGCCAUUCCUGUCAAGUUCUCAGCCGGUGUCCCUGUUCAUAUCACCAAAUACGUAGGAGCUGCUUCCUCCGACGCCUUCGAUGAUCCUGAAAAGAUUGCGAAGGAGGCUUCGCGUAAAGCGAUGGAGGAGGGAUACGAGAAAUCUCUUCUUUCACACGUCAAGGAAUGGGAGAGUGUCAUGCCGAGUGACUCUGUGGAUAGCUACGCUUUUCCUGAGAACAACACGCUCCCUAAUGAUGAGUACAUCAUCGACUCUUCUAUCAUCGCCGUCACAAACACAUACUACCUCCUCCAAAAUACAGUCGGCAAAAAUGCACAAAAGGCAGUAUCAGGCGCCCCCGUCAACGUCGACAGUAUCUCGGUCGGCGGGCUUACAUCCGAUUCCUACGCCGGCCUAAUCUUCUGGGAUGCAGAACUCUUUAUGCAACCCGGUCUCACAACAUCGCACCCAGAAGCUGCUCAGCGUAUAACGAACUACCGCGUUGCCACAUACGAACAGGCCAAGAAGAACAUCGCGACUUCUUAUGCUGGUUCUCAAAACAAGACUAAGUUUUCGGAGUCAGCGGCUGUGUAUCCGUGGACUAGUGGUCGGUUUGGGAAUUGCACUGCGACUGGUCCUUGCUGGGACUAUGAGUAUCAUUUAAAUGGCGAUAUUGGGAUAUCUUUGGUGAAUCAGUGGGUUACGAGCGGUGAUACCGACUUCUUCAAGGAGACGCUGCUGCCGAUUUAUGACUCCGUUGCGAACCUCUUUGCGGAUUUACUCAAACCCAAUGGAUCGUCGUGGACUAUCACGAACAUGACUGAUCCCGACGAGUAUGCGAACCAUGUCGAUGCCGGCGGCUUCACCAUGGCACUCGCUUCCGAGACCUUGAUCCAGGCCAACAAGAUCCGCCGACAGUUUGGAAUGACAGAGAACAAGACGCAGGACGAAAUAGCCUCUGAUGUGCUCUUCAUCAGAGAAAACGGCAUAACUUUGGAGUUUACGACCAUGAAUGGCAGUGCUGUCGUCAAGCAAGCUGACGUGGUACUCAUGAGCUUUCCUCUGGGUUACAACGAUAAUUACACUGACCAGAAUGGACUUGACGAUCUGGACUACUACGCGAACAAGCAGUCCCCCGACGGGCCGGCCAUGACCUGGGCAAUCUACUCCAUCGUAGCCGACGAGCUCUCCCCAUCUGGCUGCUCUGCAUACACCUACGCACAGUAUUCGUACAAGCCUUAUACACGACCUCCAUUCUAUCAGCUUUCCGAACAGUUGGUGGACAAUGCUACUACGAAUGGUGGCACGCAUCCAGCAUAUCCCUUCCUCACUGGGCAUGGAGGCGCUAACCAAGUGAACAUUUUUGGGUACCUUGGACUGCGACUCAUGCCUGAUCAGGGUCUUCACGUGAACCCGAACCUGCCACCACAGAUUCCGUAUCUUAAGUAUCGAAAGUUCUACUGGCGUGGUUGGCCUAUUUCUGCUUGGUCGAACUACACCCAUACUACUAUCUCUCGACGUGCGACGACUAAACCUCUUGAUGUUGCGGAUUCUCGGUAUGCAAAUAAGAGCAUUGUAGUCUAUGCUGGAAAGCAAGGAGACUCUGCACUUCAUCAUUUGUCAUUUGACGAGCCUGUUGUUAUCAAGAACAGACAAAUAGGCAGUGUCAACACUGUCGAUGGCAAUCUUGCUCAAUGUCGCCCCAUACAAUCUUCCAACUCAUACGAACCGGGACAGUUUCCUCUCGCGGCUGUUGACGGAGCGACUUCGACAAAGUGGCAGCCCUCAAAGGCCGCUGAUGUCAGCUCACUGACUGUUUCUCUUGCGACGAAGGAUAUUGGAUCUAAGGUCAAGGGCUUCUACUUCGAUUGGGCGGAUGCACCACCUGUCAACGUCACAGUUCUAUUCCACAACAAAACAAUCGAUGAUCCAGCAAAGGCCUAUGGGACAUCGAGCCACAACUCAGGAUAUGAUGUUGUUGUGUCCAUAAAGAAGGUCAAGCUCUCGGAUGCAUAUAACGCGAAGACGGAUAAUCUAGACGCCGUCGUCAUGCCUAAGGGGAACACUACUAAUGUCACUCUCCCGGAGCCUAUUCCUUUGUCUCGAUACGCCACAUUGCUGAUCGCAGGGAACCAGGCUUUGGAUGCGGUGGAUGCCAAAGCUGGUAAUGGUACAGGCGCUACAGUCGCUGAGUGGGCAAUCUUGCACUAA